CGGAGCAGCAGCAGCGGAGGAGGAGGAGGAGUAGGAGGAGGAUGUCGCUGGAGAGGUGAUGCUCCUCCGGUGCGGGACCGCUUCACACCGAGCUGUCGACUGGAAUGAAUCAACUGUCUGCCGGAAGUGUCUCGACGUGGUCUCGGCCCUCGGCUGCCGGGCGCUGAGCAGCUACCAUGACCUACCCCAACACCAGCACACUGACGGCCAACUCCAGUGGCGCCCCGGACCACUAUGACUCCGGGGGAAACAUCUACCGGCCCUUCUCCGUCUUCAGCGUGCUCACCCUCACCUUACUGGCCAUGCUGGUGGUGGCCACCUUCGUCUGGAACUUGCUGGUGCUGGUGACCAUCCUCCGGGUGAGGACGUUCCACCGCGUCCCCCACAACCUGGUGGCCUCGAUGGCCAUCUCCGACGUGAUGGUGGCCGCCCUGGUCAUGCCCCUCAGCCUCGUCCACGAGCUGAACGGCCGCCUGUGGAAACUGGGCCGCGUGCUGUGCCAGGUGUGGAUCUCCUUCGAUGUGCUCUGCUGCACGGCCAGCAUCUGGAACGUGACGGCCAUUGCGCUGGACCGCUACUGGUCCAUCACCCGGCACCUGGAGUACACGCUCAAGACGCGCAAGAAGAUCUCCAACGUGAUGAUCGCGCUCACGUGGCUGCUGUCCUCCAUCAUCUCCCUGUCGCCGCUCUUCGGCUGGGGGGAGACCUACUCAGAGGGCAUGAAGUGCCAGGUGAGCCAGGAGCCGUCCUACACCAUCUUCUCCACCUUCGGGGCGUUUUACCUUCCUCUGUGCGUGGUGCUGUUUGUUUACUGGAAGAUCUACAAGGCGGCCAAGUUUCGAAUUGGCUCCCGCAAGAGCAACACAAUCACACCCAUGGCGGAGGUGAAGGAGGAGACCCAGCAGCCCCAGAUGGUGUUCACCGUGCGCCACGCCACCGUGACCUUCCAGACGGACGGGGACACGUGGCGCGAGCAGAAGGAGAAGAAGGCGGCGCUGAUGGUGGGCAUUCUGAUCGGCGUGUUUGUGCUGUGCUGGAUCCCCUUCUUCCUCACCGAGCUCAUUGUGCCGCUGUGCUCCUGCGACAUCCCGCCCAUCUGGAAGAGCAUCUUCCUGUGGCUGGGCUACUCCAACUCCUUCUUCAACCCGCUCAUUUACACCGCCUUCAAUAAGAACUACAACAACGCCCUGAGGAACCUGUUCUCCAGGCAGCGCUGAGACACUCCACACGGUUCCUCCUCGAUGGAACCACAAACUGUGUCACACAGUGUUUAUAAACGUGUCGUUUUUUUUAACUUUGGAUGUGUUUUGUGUGUUACUACACUGAUGUUACCUCACAGCUGGACUGAGAUGAUUGUCUGAGGUGCUGUAGCUACAUGGAGGAGACUCCAUUUGUUGUGUUGUGAUGUGAAGGGACCAUUUACGACGCCAUCUACAUGUUGUCGAUUCAGGCUUGUUAGGGAGAAAGGCAUGUUUACUCCCUGGUAAACAGUUUCAUCAUCGUAUGUGAAGCUGCCGGGAAUCAUCUCAAAGCAGAGCUAGAAGAAAAAUGAAAGAAAAACGAACGGAACAAAACGAACCUCGUGAAUAAUAAACCCCAGAACAAGAUGUGCAUUCGCCACUUUCUACCCAAAGUCCUCAGUGAGUGAACAGUAUUUUAUUCUCUGUAAUAAAUGUUAAAGUGAAGCAUGAGAACUGGAUCCUCAGCGGAUAGUUGUGUUAUGUGCCAGUGAGCUCCUGCUGGAGAGGAUCGUCAAUGUGUUUUUGCACAAAUCUCUUUAAAUAUUUAAAAGUGUGAAGAAGCAGCUGUGGAUCUGUUCAGAGCAUCGAUCAUCGCUGUCCAGUGAAAACAACAACAUCUCGUGACUUUGAGCAAAUUCACAGAAUCAUACGAUUUGAGACUUAAUGGCUUCAUCAUGUGACUUUAUAACAGUUUCAACUUUAAGGUAAAACAACUGACUUAAACUGUAAGAAUGAAACAUCCCGGUGUACAAAUACACACGAAAAGAGUAAAUAGUAAAGUUGAACAGUUUUCAAAGGACAGCAGUGCUACACAUAAAUACGAUAAAACACUAUUGAAUUAUCGGACAAAAGUCUGCAACACAACAGCAACACAAACUUGAUACAAUGACCUCAACCUGUUUCCUUACUUUAGAUUUUAUUGAGUGUUUAUGUCUUUGAAUGUGUCACAUACAUCGAGGUAACAGCUUCAGUAAUAAUGUUUUAAAAUAUAAAUGAGUUAGACUCUGUUGAACAGAGUGAUUUAUCAAAAUGAAGGAAACAUAAAUGUAAGAGAGAACAAAACUAAGCCACUUAUUGUAAUGGUUGUUUGAGUGUUCUCGAUAUCCUGUGGUUUGUAUAAUGAAACGCACACAGACAGAAACAGCAUUUAUCAUUUUUUCUUUCAGAUGAAGUGAAGUAGAUGACGCGGCAGAUCCAUCAUGUAUUUAUUUCAUGACUCGAGUGUUUUCUCGAGCCAGUGCUGUUGUAAAGGAGUCCCUUCUUUCUAAAUGAUUUCUUACUGCUCCCCCCCCAGUUACGCGAGGACAGUUCGAUGAUUCCCGCUUCGCCCCUCGUACGUCUCGUGAUGACCAUUCUCAGGAAAUGCACAGUGUUGCAGAAAUGUGUUGUUUACAGUUUUUGUGUUACGUUAAGAUGGACCAUUGCAUCCAUCCGGGACACUUCUUAGGAAUCCACACUUGUAUUCAUUGUCUGAGGAAAC